GGAGAAAGAUGAGACCACACAGCAGAAGCUAGGGCUUGACCAGCUUCUCUCCCAUGUCUCCACACCAGUCCAAGCCGAUUCACAUGCAUUUGUUCUGUUGCAUGUAAGCUUCCUCCUCUCCAGCAGUCCUGCCCCUCUCUCACCUUCUCUCUCUCUCUAUCUCUUCCUCCAAUCUGAUCUCCAUUGCUCCUCUUCCUUCCAAGCUAGCAGCUCAGCUGAUCUCCAUGGCGGCAAUGGCCAGCUCAGGAGCAGCCAUUGCUGUGUUCUUGGCACUGCUGCUGGUGCUCAGUGGCACCGAGGCCAAGUUCCUGUCCAACAACAUCACUGUGGUUGGCUCUGUCUACUGUGACGCCUGCUCCAACAAUACCUUCUCCAAGCACAGCUUCUUCUUGAAGGGAGCCAGGGUGCUGAUCCAGUGCAACUUCAAGGUGAACUCCAGCAUGGCCGAGGAGCUCUCCCUGGAGGCCGAGCGCACCACGGACCAGCACGGCGUGUACAAGCUCGACGUGCCGGCCGCCGACGGCUUCGAGUGCCGGGAGGGCCACGACCUCCGGUCGGCGUGCCGCGCCACGCUCGUCCGGAGCUCCUCCGCCGCCUGCAACGUCCCCGGACUCCGGGGCUCCACGCAGCACAUCGCCCUCCGCUCCCGCGCCACCAACGCCUGCUUCCUCAACCUCAACGCGCUCAACUUCCGCCCCGCCAACCGGGACGGCGCCCUCUGCCACGGCGCCGGCGCCGGAGCCGGCGGCGCGUUCGGCUCGUCACUCUUCUUCUGGCCGUUCUUGCCACUCUUCUGGCCGCCGUUCCGGCUCCCAUUCCCAGCCUCGCCGGGCGGCGCCGGCGGGACGGUGUCGUUCCCGUGGCCGUUCCCCGUGCCGGACUGGCUGGUGCCGUUCCUUCGGCCGCCAUUCUUGCCGUUCCCGCUGUACCAGCCGGCGCCGGUGACGUCGGCGCCGCCGCCGUUCUACCGCUUCCCGCCUUCCCAAGAAGCAGCGUCAUCUCAACCUUAGACCUGCCAAAUCCAAAACUUGCCAAGACAUGAGAUUUUAAGCGUUCUUGCCAAGAUUAAUCCUAGAAUUCUUCAUGUUUAGUAGCAAGAGAGGUUGCACUGUGUGACAUUGUAGCCUAGGUGAUGAUCUCUGCAUCACUCGUGUAAUUGGUCUUGCCACAGUAUUCAUUGAGCUGAUGAAUAUCUGGACGUGGUAAUUGUAGUGGUACCUCCUUUUUAGUAAUUAUUCAGUAGAUUGUGUUAUAUGUUUCACCGCUGAAGUUAGUUUUUGCAUUAUUUACACUGAUCAAUAAUAUUCCAGCUGCUUAACUACACUAUGCAGACUUAACCUACUAUUGGUAAU